CUUUCCAUUUCACAGAUGAGGAAACUGAAGCCGAUCCAGGGCUCAACCCGGCAUCUGGUCUGAUUUCGGAGGAUGCACUGUGAGCUCUACACCAUUCUGCAGCCUCCCGAGGUCCUGCCGGUCAAGGUCACCGCAGUGCACCACUGCGAGGAGCGCCUUUCCCUCCGCGGCCCGAGCGAGCGAGCCCGGUGAGGUCUCGUCUCCCCAGCACACGCCCCGCCCGGUCCUAGGCUCACGGCUCAAUCCGUGGGGUGUGGCCGGCUGACGCACCGCCAACCGGGGUCCCGAGGUCAUCGUUUCCUCCCUCCUCCCCUCUGAAUCGAAGGAAUGAGGCCUUCGCCGCCAUCGGGGUAUUUGUUUGUUUGCUCCUUGUUCUGUUUUUAAAUCUGUGAUGCGCCAUCAGGACAAUCAUUUCCGCUUGUGCGGCGGGUGAGGCUCUUGGACAGGUCCCCUCCCAGCCAAUGGAGAGCCGCGGAUCCGGCAGGGGGCUGUGCUGUUCGGGCAGCCCUGCCCCCACCGGCCCACCCCGCACACAAAAGCAGCGUAAUUAACCAUCUUACGGAAGCCGAGCCUCUGACGGCUGCGAGCUGGAACGCAGAAUAUACCCGGGAGUCACGGGCUGCGACGAUGACCGGGCACGCCGCUGCCUCCGAGCGCGGGGGAGCCGACAGCUAGCUGCACACCGCUCGCGCCCCGGGACAAAAGCGCCCUCCGCGCCCGCCACGUCGCUCGGGGUGACCUUGCUUGGAUGCAGAGUCCGCCCCUGCGCGCAUCUUCCUCGGAUGCUCUGAGAGCCCGCGGACGGGCUGAGAAGACCGGGGAUGCCGGGCUGCAGCCGCGCAGGGCUCGCCUUUGUCUGCGCGUAACCGGGAGAGGCCUCGGAGGGAACCAGCACUCGCCGCGGAGAACUCAUCCCUGCUUCAAGCCACACUUGAUCCCAUGGGGACAACAGAAGCCACACUCCGGAUGGAAAACGUGGAUGUGAAGGACGAAUGGCAGGAUGAAGGUCUUCCCAGGCCGCUCCGGGAGGAGACGGGGAUGGACGCGCUCGGCGGCCCAGCAGAAGACACGUCCUCCCCUCCCAACACGCUGAACUUCAACGGAGCCCACCGCAAGCGAAAGACGCUGGUGGCCCCGGAGAUCAACAUCUCCCUGGACCAGAGCGAGGGCUCCCUGCUGUCGGACGACUUCUUGGACACCCCCGAUGACCUGGACAUCAACGUGGAUGACAUCGAGACCCCCGAUGAGACGGACUCGCUGGAGUUCCUGGGGAACGGCAAUGAGCUGGAGUGGGAAGAUGACACCCCCGUGGCCGCUGCCAAGAACAUGCCGGGGGCCAGCGCGGAUCUGUUCGGGGACGGCACCGCUGCGGACGGCAGUGCCGCCAACGGGCGCCUGUGGCGGACAGUGAUCAUCGGGGAGCAAGAGCAUCGCAUUGACCUGCACAUGAUCCGGCCCUACAUGAGGGUGGUGACCCACGGAGGGUACUAUGGUGAAGGCCUCAGUGCCAUCAUCGUCUUUGCCGCCUGCUUCCUCCCAGACAGCAGCUCUCCCGACUACCACUACCUCAUGGAGCACCUCUUCCUGUACGUCAUCAGCAGUUUGGAACUCCUGGUGGCAGAGGAUUACAUGAUCGUGUACCUGAAUGGUGCCACCCCCCGGCGGAGGAUGCCAGGCAUCAGCUGGCUGAAGAAGUGCUACCAGAUGAUCGAUAGAAGGUUACGGAAGAACCUGAAGUCCUUAAUCAUCGUCCACCCGUCCUGGUUCAUCCGCACUGUGCUGGCCAUCUCCCGGCCUUUCAUCAGCGUCAAAUUCAUCAACAAGAUCCAGUAUGUGCACAGCUUGGAAGAGCUGGAGCAGCUCAUCCCCAUGGAGCACGUGCAGAUCCCAGACUGCGUGCUGCAGUAUGAAGAGGAGCGGCUCAAGGCCGGGAGAGAAAGCGCCUCGUCAUCCCUGCCACCUCUCUGUGUCCCCAGCGCAAGGCCGCAGCCGGAGCUGGUCCUGCCCAGGUCGGAAGAGAAGCCGGAGGCAGCGCCUGCGGAGCACAGGUCUGCUCCGGUCACAGAGGAUCAGGAGACAAGCAUGUCCUGAGGUGAUGAGAGAACAGAGAAGAACACGAAAGAAAAUAUCAGAUGCCAAGAAACCUCUGUCCGAUGCCCUCUGGCCCUGGAUCUCAUCCCACCUCCUCCUGAAUCCCAGUCCGCGGAGGGUGCCCCACCCGCCUCUGAAACCCAGCAUCCUGUUUAGCUGCUUGAACACGUUUUUGUAAUGAUGCAGUAGGAGUGCAUUCGGGAAAAGAAUCCAGUUCUCAGCCCUCCACCCUCCAGACUCAUGAGCUCACAGCCAAGAA